AUGUCCGACUACUAUCAACGCGACCCUCGUGGUCACCCCUCGAGCAGUCAACGCGAUGCCGCCUUUUCUAAUAUAUUUGGCGCCGUCCCGCCCCCCGGUCGUUCGCAGACCAUGACUUCCUCCUCCGUGCCCCCUCAGAUGAUGUCUCAGGGUAGGACCCAGACCAUGCAGUCCAACAUGUCGGGCAUGCCGCCCCCUAUGCAACGACAACCGCCGCCGCGUCAGCCGAUCCCCAACCAGUAUGGCGACCGACAGCCACUAUCGCCGAGGACACGAACCAUGGACGGGGAUGCCAGCGCUGGCGGCGUCUACCCCGGGCAGAGGUCCAUCUCGGGAGGAUACCAAGUCUCGUCUCCGCAGUCACAAUAUCUCCAACAGCAGCAACAACAGCGCCGGUAUGGUGGUCCGCCGCCGCCUCGACCCGACUCCCGCGGCGCUCCUCAAGGAGCGGCCGGAGCGAGGACCGCCGCUCAGCGCUUCCACCAAGGCGGCCCUGCCCCGAGCAUGAACAACGACCCCUAUCGCUCCCAGUCUCUUGCGUCAGCACCAAGACAGCCGCAUUAUCAGCCCCCUCCCAGCGCCUACCAGCAACAGGCGCCUGCCAACGCGUUUCGUCAUGCUCCCUACAACCCCAACUCAUCACGAACAACUGCCCAGGGUCGCGUCGUACCCGAACGCCACGAUGACCGAUCCAUGUCCAUGACGGGUGGAUUCCCCCCUCAAGAACGAGACGGCCAGCACAGCUCCUACCAGACCAUGAGUGGCCGAGUCAUCCCCAACCGUAGGGCUCCCGUGGAGCUACCGACGAGCAACAGCGUACCAAACACCGGGUACUCGAACGGAGGCUAUCCUCCAGCGCCGGGCUCACAGACCAGAACCACGAGCAUGGUGUCCUCGAGCGCCGACACCCAGAGAACAAUGUCAAUGGCCUCGACUAUCACGAUCCCAGUCACACCCGCCGAUUCCGAUACCACGCUUGGGCACCGACCGUCCAUGAGCACGAAAUCCGUCAAGUCGACCGACGGUGAGCGUCCCCCCACCGGGAAAAUCAGAGCACCUCUGGUCUAUCCCGCCAUGCUCUCAAGAGUCGCCGAGUGCUUCCAGCACAAGAUCAUCACGGGAGACCGCACCAAGAACGAGCUGGCAUACAAGAGCGCCUUCAGCGGCGCGGAGGCAGUGGAUGUUCUUUCGUACAUCAUCAGGACCACUGAUCGAAACCUGGCUCUUCUUCUGGGUCGUGCGCUCGAUGCGCAGAAGUUUUUCCACGAUGUCACCUACGAACACCGUCUACGCGACUCGACAUCGGAAAUGUACCAGUUCCGCGAAACUCUGACCGAUCAACCUGACGACAACCCCGUCAACGGUGUAUUUGUACUCUUGUCCGAGUGUUACUCACCCACGUGCACGCGAGACAACCUUUGCUACUCGAUUGCGUGCCCCAGGAGGCUAGAGCAGGUUUCCAGGCUCAACUUGAAGAUCCAGCCCGGCUUGAAGAAGGAGGACAGCGCAGUGGCGGACGCCGAUGAUGUCGACCAAACGGACGAGCAGAAGCUCUGGAUCAACUCGGUUCCUCAGGAGAUUGCCGACAAGGUGGAUGACAAGGAGAAGAAGCGCCAGGAGGUCAUUUCUGAAAUCUGCUACACGGAGCGGGACUUCGUCAAGGAUUUGGAGUAUCUACGCGACUUCUGGAUCUUGCCUUUGCGAUCCAAGGCCUCCCCCAUCCCGAUCAGCCGUCGCGAGAGGGUUGUCAAGGCCAUCUUCAGCAAUAUUAUCGACCAUCCCAGCUUGCACCUCGUCAGCUCACGGUUUGCGAGGGCACUGACGGAACGCCAGCAGAAGAAUCCCGUUGUCCACAACGUGGGAGAUGUGUUCCUCGAGUUCGUCCCGCAAUUCGAGCCUUUCAUCUGGUACGGUUCGAAGCAGAUGGAGGCGAAACACGAGUUUGAGAACGAAAAGAGCAUCAACCCUUAUUUCGCCAAAUUCGUCGAAGAGAUUGAGCGUCGCAAGGAAUCCCGGAAACUGGAACUCAACGGUUAUCUGACCAAGCCGACGACAAGAUUGGCGCGUUAUCCACUUCUGCUGGAGGCGGUGCUGAAGCACUCGGAGGAAAGCAACUCGGACAAGGAGGACCUUCCCAAGGUUCUGACCGUGAUUCGCGAUCUGCUGAGCAGGGUCAACCGCGAAUCAGGCAAGGCCGAGAACAGAUUCCACCUCAAGAGACUGCAUGAGCAGCUGCGUUUCCGACCGAACGAGCGCGUCGAGCUCAGGCUGACGGAAGAGGGCAGAGAGAUUGUCUUCAAGAGCCAGCUGAGGAAGACGCCGCACGACUCAUCUCCCGCUAACGAAAUUACAUCCUACUUGUUCGACCACGCGGUCCUGCUCGUGCGGGUCAAGCAAGCUGGCAAGGCCGAGGAAAUCAAGGCGUACAGAAGGCCGAUUCCUCUGGAGCUGUUGGCGAUUCGCGAGAUGGACGAAGUCAUCCCUCAGCAAGGGGUCAAGCGCACUUCUUCGAGUCUUCUCCCGCUGGGUGGCAACAACGCCAAGGACGGAAAGAAGAGCGAAGGGUGGCCGAUCACGUUUCGCCAUUUGGGCAAGGCAGGAUACGAGCUGACGCUGUACGCAGCCAACCAAGCGGGGCGUGACAAGUGGCUGCAGUUCAUCGACAAGGCGCAGAAGCAGCUGAGGGCGAGGGCCGACUUCUUCAACACGACGGUCAUCUCGAGCAACUACUUUGUGGGCGCGAACCAGAUCAACUGCGUGACGCCAUGCGACGGUGGUCGCAAGCUGAUCUACGGUACGGACACGGGCAUCUACGUCUCGGAUCGCAAGAACAAGGACAUGAUGCCGAAGCGGGUCAUCGAGACGGCGGUGGUGACGCAGAUUGACAUCCUCGAAGAGUACGGGCUGCUGCUGGUGCUCACGAACAAGGCAGUGUAUUCGUAUGCCAUCGCAGCGCUGGAUCCCACCGAGCCGGCUUCGUCGAAGCGAGGCAAGAAGAUCCAGAGCCACUGCACGUUUUUCAAGACGGGUAUCUGCCUGGGACGGCACCUGGUCUGCUGUGUCAAGUCGUCGGCGCUCUCGACGACGAUCAAGGUGUACGAGCCGACGGAUGCUUUCAACAAGGGCAAGAAGCAAAAGGGUUUCGGCAAGAUGUUUGCGGGCCAGGACGAGCUCAAGCCGUUCAAGGAGUUUUACAUUCCGACCGAGUCGUCGUCUGUGCACUUCCUCAAGAGCAAGCUCUGCGUGGCGUGCGCGCGGGGCUUCGAGGUCGUGUCGCUCGAGACGCUCGAGACGCAGUCGCUGCUGGACCAGGCCGACACGAGUCUCGACUUUGUGGCGCGCAAGGAGUCGGUCAAGCCGAUCCAUAUUGAGCGGCUCAAUGGCGAGUUCCUGCUCAACUACUCCGAGUUCUCCUUCUUUGUCAACCGCAACGGCUGGCGCGCGCGGCCCGAGUGGCGGAUCGACUGGGAGGGUGCGCCGCACAGCUUUGCGCUGAGCUACCCGUGGAUCUUGGCGUUCGAGGCCAACUUUAUCGAGCUGCGCAACAUUGAGAACGGGGCGGUGCACAUUGUGCCGCACAAGAACAUCCGCAUGCUGCACAGCAGCACACACGAGAUUCUGUUUGCGUACGAGGACGAAAAGGGAGAGGACGUUGUGGAGGCGCUGGACUUUUGGAAGAACAACAGGCGGUCCGAGCUACCUCCGCCACAGUCUAUAUGA